AAUACAAUGAAAUUUAAUUUAGAACAAUUAGAUAUUUAGUGUGGUUUUUUUUUUUUAGGUUUCACAGGUGUUCCUUCAUCAUGAGAUAUUUAAUAGAGACAAAUAAAAGGUCAGUUUGCAUCACCCUUACUGUGCUUCAUAACAGUGAGGCUGAUAUUAUUGCCACCUCACAGCUGCACGGUCUCCGGUUCGAUCCUGUCCUCAGGUUGCUGAGGAGAUUUCGCAUGCUCUCCUCAGGUCCCUGUGGGUUUCUUCCAGGUUCUCCUGUUUCUUCUCACCUGCCAAAAACAGUCCAGUAGAUGAACAGUAGGUAAUUAACCCCUGUGAGUGUGUGCAUGGUAUGCUGCGAGGAAUGCGAUGCGUUCCCAGGAUAGGUUCCGGAUCUGGCUUACAUAACAGGAUCGAUAUUCUCUAAUAACACGUAUGCCGCUUCCGUUCGCUCUAUAACUGCUAACGUCUUUCAUAUCCUUUGAUCAGCUUCUGGAAUUUUUUUGUACCUUUUAAUAUCCUUAUCCCUAACUCUGAAUCACUUUUACAUCAUUUUUACCUCUAUUAUUAUCCCAUCCGUGUGGGAGUGUGCCCUGCGAUGGAUUGGCACCCCGUCCAGGGUGUACCCCGCCUUGUGCCCGAUGCUCCCUGGGAUAGGCUCCAGGUUCCCCGUGACCCUGAAAAGGAGUAAGCGGUAAAAGAUGGAUGGAUUAUCCCAUUCAAAACCCAUCAGGAGACUCAAACUUUUUGUUUGAUGGAUUUAUUCAAUUCAGCUUUUUGCCUUUAGAUCCCUACUGAACAAACCAGAGGCAAAAAUCUCAAGGGGGGGCGGGGUCUCAAAUCCAUGCGGAUGAAACCUUGACUCAAAAGGGGAAAUAUCGUUUUCUAAGUCUGGGUGACACCGGAUAAUGGGAAUAUGAAUCAUUAAAAUAUACAGGUGUAGAAGAGGAAAGACGAGCACGAGCAGAUUGUGAAUAAGAGUCCUGGAAUGAGUCUUUAGGAAUACAGCAGCAGUUCGUAGCUACAAAUCUACAGUAUCCGGGUGUACACAAGUGUGAGACAGGAAACUCUUCAGGGUAUCCCUGAGGGACACAUCCACAAGAGCAGUAGAGCGGAAAGUAUCUCAUUGAGUGGUUAUUUGUUAGUUUUAUCUAGAUAACUAUAUUAUCAGGGCUUUCCUGUGUCCAUGUGGAACUGAUCCGUUAGGAUACCAUCUAUUGCCACAAGGCCGCCGUCAGUAACCACCUCACCAUUGGAACUCUUUAUAUUGCGAUAUAUCAAUCCAUGUUGUAAACACACACGCAAAAAAAAAAAAUCAUCAUCACCAGGGUGUACCCCAGUGUCCUGGACGAAAUUCCCCCAUUGGCCCUUCUCUAUCAUGGCCCCCUAAUAAUCUCCAUCCCUCAACUGGCUGUAUCACUCAUCUCCUCUCCACUAAUAGCUGGUGUAUGCUGGGUGUUCUGGCGCACUAUGGCUGCCAUCGCAUCAUCCAGGUGGAUGCCACACACUGGUUUCGGUUGAAGAAUUCCUCCGAUGUAAAGCUCUAUAUAAAUUUUAACGUGGUGUGCAAAGACGCUUGGUUAUUAGACAUGUGCCAGGCAGCGCUCUCUGUUGGCUUUUUAGUAGGCAGCAUUGCCAUCGGAUACUUCGCUGACAGGUUUGGUCGGAAAUCGACUUUCCUGGUGUCCUGUGUUCUGAACACGGUUACAGGAAUUCUAGUGGCGGUAUCUCCUAAUUACAUCUCCAUGCUGGUGUUCAGAGCGCUGUAUGGGUUUGGGUCUAAGGCCGGCUGGAUGGUAGCAUUUGUUCUGAUUACUGAGCUGGUGGGAGUGGAGUACCGAAGGCCAGUAGCUGUGGUGUUUCAGAUGUUCUUCAGCAUCGGUAUCCUCAUCCUGCCCCUCAUAGCCUACUUCAUCACUAACUGGCGCUGGCUGCAGGUGGCCAUCACAGCUCCAUACCUCUGCUUCCUGGUUUACUACUGGUUUAUUCCCGAGUCACCGAGGUGGCUUCUCUCCCAGAACAACUCCAGUAAAGCUGUGGAGAUCACAAAGGAGUUGGCCAAAGUGAACAAGAAGACGCUCUCCAAAAACAUCGAGACACUAAAGGACGAUAGCCCAGACACUGCCGUUGCCUCUUUCGUGGACUUGAUCCGGACCCCCAAUAUGAGAAAGCACACCUUCAUCCUCAGCUACAACUGGUUCACUAGUGCUGUGGUGUAUCAGGGUCUGAUCAUGCGUCUGGGGAUCCUGGGUGGAAAUGUCUACAUUGACUUCCUCAUCUCUGGCUUAGUGGAAUUCCCCGCUGCCAUCCUCAUCCUCUUCACAAUUGACCGUAUCGGCCGACGGCUGCCGUUUGCAACAGCCAAUAUCGUCGCUGGAGCCGCCUGCCUUAUAACGGCGUUCAUUCCAGAGAGUUUGUUCUGGUUUAAAACAGCUGUGGCUUGCGUCGGGAGACUGGGAAUCACUAUGGCUUUUGAAAUGGUGGUGUUUGUAAACACCGAGUUGUACCCGACCUUCAUCAGGAAUUUGGGUUUUUCCGUGUGCUCAACUUUAUGUGAUAUCGGAGGGAUCGUAGCACCGUUCCUGCUUUACAGACUCGCAGUCAUCUGGCUGGAGCUGCCGCUUAUCAUUUUUGGAAUCCUGGCCGUGAUAGCUGGUGGUUUAGUGCUGCUGCUUCCUGAGACCAGAGGCGUGCCUCUUCCAGAGACCAUCGAUGACAUUGAACACCUGCACAAAAACAAAGAGGCCACUGUGAAAAGUCAUCAGCUGGAGAAUCUACUGCAGCCAGAUGUGACGAAUAAUAAAGAGACUACGACAGUCUGAGUGGAACAUUUUGGCUCUGACAGAGGUCACGUGAGGAUUUAAAUCUGUGACACGCGCUCAGGAGUUGGUGUGAUGGACGGGCCACUGUUCAGCAACAGAGACCAGACUGGUUGUCACAGUAUUAUAUCCUGUACACUAGAGAGCGCUGUUUAGAAAGAGGUGAAAUUGUACGUUUUUAAACUGAGUGGAUCCCAAAGCUAAAUAUAAAGGCGUUUGGACGCAGAUUUAAAGACAACUGGUGACAACUAGUUCAAUCUCUUUUGAACUAAUUUAUUUUGUUUGUUGUUUAAUUGUUUGUAUUAUUAUCGUAACAAACCCUAUUUGACUAUUUGUGUUCAUUGUGAUGACGGAGAAACCUCUCUGAAAGAGAACACACUACAUGUCUAGUUGCUGUAAAUGAAAUGUCUUUGUUGUGAGGGUGCGCAAACUUUUGCACCACUUUUGCUGUGACCUAUCAGAACCGUCCUCUCUCUCUCUCUCUCUCUCUCUCUCUCUCUCUCUAUAUAUAUAUAUAUAUAUAUAUAUAUACAGAUGCACUUGUGUGUGUUUCUGGACAGUUUAUAGGCUGAAGUGCUGCAUUGUGGGCAUCAGCGGGCCUUGUUUACAGGACCCUCCAUUAAUAUUGGCACCCUUGGUAAAUACGAGCAAAGAAGGCUGUGAAAAAUUGUCUUUAUUGUUUAGCCUUUUGAUCUUUUAUUCAUAAAAUUCGCAAAAAUACUCUGCUCUCAUGGAUACCAAACGACCGCAAACACAACACGGGUUUAUCCUUUUCAUUUAUCGCUGCCGUAUCUUUAAGAAAAAGUUGUGUAUAAAUGUUUUCCUGGGCCAAACCAAAGUAAAAACCACCAGAUUUCCUAAACCUUUAGCGGAUUUUCCUUGUUCUCAUGUGUGUAUGUCGAUAAAUGGCAAUCAACUGUAAAUGAUCAAGCAUGCUCACAACACAGCAGAUGUACAUUUAGUCACGCCCACAAAUCUCCAUAAAAGGCAAAGCUCGCAGAGAGCUGAAGAUGGCAACUCCUAAAUGUACCAUGCGCUUAAUCUUCCAGUAAUGCAGCUCGUCAGCAACCACAGACACACACCAAGUCUUACUUUUUUUUUAAUGGGGGCCAUAACUUAUCAUUACUAAUUUAAAUUAGCAGUAAUCAUUACUAAUUAACAUGAUUUGAAUCCGGUUAUUCGAACUUCACAUUAGCGAGUCUCCUUAAACACUUGAUUCUAAACAAACCGAGGAGCGAAACCGAAGAUACACGGGGUUUUAUUUCCGACUAACAGGAAUUCCAUGACCACCACGUUUCCUGUGUAAACACUCCUGCAAAUGAUUUACGAAAUAAAUUCGUUCACAUCGCAGUGUGUGCAUCAUUCUGAUAACUCCGUGUCGCAUGUUUUAAUAGUACAGUACAUGUGAAUUGUCCUUGUGAAAACGGAUACGUUAAACAUUUAAGCUAUACGCGUUAAUGCAUGUUUUUAAACAUCUGGUUUUGCGGUACAGGAUGUGAAUUGAAUGAAAAUAUCGGUGCUAUUUCAUGAAUAAUUGCUGAAUUUAGCCUCCAAAAUAUCUCCGAUCUCAAUUUCUGUUCAAGUCAAAUGUUUCAUUGAGUAAUCGUACUUUGCGUUUGUAGCUGUUGGUGCGAGAUAAACUCGAGUAUAGUAUUUGUUGUAGUUAGAGGUAUUCAAAACUUAUAUCAAUAAAAUAAAUACAUAAUAUUCCGGAAACACUCGGUAUGCAUUAUAUCUAAUCUUUGGGUUACAUGACUAUGUCCUUAUGAUGCAGUGUCUAUGGGUGCUGCCCCAAGACCACCUUCUUUUAGCGUUCUCGACGUCCAUAUUACAAUACAUCACCGAGGCCUUAAUUUACUGACAUCCCAAAUAACGACCACUAAUUUGCACGUCCAAGAUUAUACGUAAUGUUUGCAGGUAGUGGGAUUGUCGUGGGCCGUUUAUAAAGAUGUGACCGCACGAAUGACGUCACUUUCGUGUCUUCAUGUUGUUUCACGUGCUGUUUGUUCUCGAUAGCCGGGGUAAGUUCAGAUCUCUUAGGGACUCGUGUCCUGUAUAAUAAUUAAGAGCGUUAACAAUGGGUUUGUUCAUGAGGUAUUGUGUGAAUUUUUAUAUACUCGGCAACAGACCCUGUUGCCGUGGUAAUAUUAAGUCUUUUUGAAGUAUUUACAGAUUGUGUGGUCACU